AUGGGACAAUGGUCUGCCCUCCUGGUCUCAUGGACACUCGAGAUCACGAAGUGCACAAAGGGUGAGGAUGAGAUACUGGGGGCGAUCGCUGCCAGAAUCACGCCGAGGGCGAAGAUCGACGACGCUCUGACCGAAAUCGCUCCUCGGAAAGAACUUAAACACCGGAUUCAAGCGCCGAUACCCACCAUAGAUCGAGACGAGGAACUAUGGGUGAUUAGCUUUGACGGAUCCGCUCGAGUUAAGCGUGGCGGGGGCGCGUUCAGCGCGAUCGUGUGGAGUCUGCCCGGAUGGGAGGUGGUCAAGGCCAGAUCCGGCUAUCUCGAAAGCCUCACCGUGAACGAAGCUGAAUAUAACGGCCUGAUCCUGGGGCCCGACAUGCUAGAGAGCUUAGAUCGCAGAUGUCUGGUGGUCUGCGGGGAUUCCAACCUAGUGAUCCGACAAGUACGGGAGGGACUGGAACGGAAGUGCCGACAGUCUAGCAAGCGCCGCUUUGCAACGACAAGGGGGAUCGAGGUCCAGGAGGUGCCCGGGUACCAGGAUCUGGUUACCCUAAACCGGUUAGACGAAAUCUUGAUCCCUAAGACCGAGAACCCAGUGGUACGAGUUGCCGCGGAGACCACUCGAGCUGGUCGAGCAAGAUCACCGGCGGGUGUCAUGCAAGAGAAUCUGAUCCGGGAGAUCCGGGUCGAUCGGAUUAAGCAGGCCCAGGAGGAAGUAUUCUGGGUCGUCGGCAUGAAGAAGUACCUGAGUGGCUCGAUCGCAGAUCUCACACAAGCGGAUGCAAGAUCGUAUGGCAAGAUCGCGGCCGACUACGAGAUAGACGAGCAGGAUCUACUCUUUUACUUCCCCCCUCGCGCCGAGAUCGUGAGGCGAUCGCGACCGAUUGAUGAGAUUGGAAAAGGAAAACCGGUGAUUCGGGGUAAAUCGCCGGGAAACUUGCAGGCGACGUACCCGUUUCAGAUUAUUGCGAUGGAUCACAUACCGUCGCUACCCAGAUCACACAAGGGAAACACUAAGUUAUUGAUCUGGGUCGAUCUGUUCACUGGAUAUGUGAUCGCGAAAGCCAGCUCGUCCCGAUCGUCCCAGACGGUUGCUGAGAUGAUUCGGCAUGAUCGAGAACCCGGCUUCAUGUCCGAUUUCUUCCGGGCGUUUAACAAGAUCUUGGGGCAACGGCAGCGGGCGACGAUGGCAUAUCGGCCACAGGCCAACGGAACUGCUGAGAGAAUGAAGGAUUGGGACGAGUAUGCUGAGCGCCUCACCUUCGCGAUCAACACGGCUCACGAUCGGAUCCGGGGAGAUACCCCCACUAUUCUUGGUACAUGGAUGGGAUCCGAGAUCGACAUUGGAGGCUACACUUCCGUCGCUGAGAAGAUCAACGAAUUCAGCGUCAAGCUCGAGAUCACAGGGACCGGGUACCAGAUCUUCCCAGUAGUGCACGUGUCGAAGUUGAAAUUGGUAAAGGAUUUUUCGGAUCGACCGCGAGUGGAACUUACUUUAGAUAAGGUGGAUCGUCUCGAUUUCGACGAGAUCCUGCUCCCGGAGGACAGUUGGGUACCGGAUGUAGGGGCCGAUGAGUAUGAAGUCGAGCGGAUUUCUGAUGUUCGGAGUGGGAAGAAGACACGAUUUGGUCGGAUCUAUCGGGAGUUCCUGGUUCAUUGGGCAGGAUAUGAUGAACCAACCUGGGUCGACGAAGCUGAUCUCAACUGCGAGGCAAUAUUGAACGCCUUCCUGCGAGAACGGGCCAAUCGGAAUCGCUUCAAUGUGAUGCAAUCACAUGAAGAGAUGUAA